CCUUUCCCUCCCAUUUGUUAGGAGCUGGAGCAGAGCAAGAUCAGGGCUCUGUCCGCAGCCAGUGGCUUUGCUCCUGGUGCUGCUUUCUUCAGUUGUUUUGCCUUUGGCUGGGCUCUUCAUUCUUGGGCUAGAGCUUCAUUUGGUUGGAUGCACUUGAAACCGUACAAGAUGUGGUAUUGGAAAUUCCAGGAUCCUUAUCAGGGAGCCUUGCUGAUCUAGUGGAUAUAUCUAAUUGGAGCUUCGCCAGAUCUACAGCUUUGCCUCUCACUCUUUUCUACUUCCCUCUUGCUUUGGAUUACUUGGAAAACUUUACUUCAAUACGGAGAGCUGACUUUCCAUGCCCUGGUUUUGUCCCAGGAGUGGUGGGCCUCUCGUGGCUGUGGCCUCCCUCCUGGGUGCUGUGUUCCUGCUUUGGAGUUUCCAGGAGGGGCCUCUGUUGUGGAUUGUUUUAGUUUCUAUGGAGAAACGCAAUGAGCUCUUCUACUCCUCAUGACGGGGAAAUCUGCCUUCAGUUUUUUAUAUGCGUGGAAAGGAGUCCUUGAUACAUGUCUGCCAGGAAAUAAAGCCAGCAAAAGAAAAGAAAUGAGUCGCCAGACUGCUACAGCACUUCCCACGGGUACUUCCAAGUGUACGCCGUCCCAGAGGGUCCCUGCGUUGACUGGCACCACCGCUUCCAACAAUGACUUGGCCAGUCUCUUUGAGUGUCCGGUGUGUUUUGACUAUGUGCUCCCACCGAUUCUGCAGUGCCAAAGUGGCCACCUUGUCUGUAGCAACUGUCGCCCCAAGCUCACAUGCUGCCCAACCUGCCGAGGCCCACUCGGUUCCAUCCGUAAUUUGGCUAUGGAAAAAGUUGCCAACUCUGUACUGUUUCCCUGCAAAUACGCCUCCUCUGGCUGUGAGAUAACUUUACCCCACACUGAGAAAGCAGACCAUGAAGAGCUUUGUGAAUUUAGGCCUUAUUCGUGUCCAUGCCCUGGUGCUUCUUGUAAAUGGCAAGGCUCUCUGGAUGCUGUCAUGCCCCAUCUCAUGCAUCAGCAUAAGUCGAUAACAACAUUGCAGGGAGAAGAUAUAGUUUUUCUUGCUACAGACAUUAAUCUUCCAGGGGCUGUGGACUGGGUUAUGAUGCAGUCUUGCUUUGGCUUUCACUUCAUGUUAGUACUGGAGAAACAGGAGAAAUAUGAUGGUCACCAGCAGUUUUUUGCGAUCGUACAGCUGAUAGGAACCCGGAAGCAAGCUGAAAAUUUUGCUUACCGCCUUGAGCUAAAUGGUCAUAGGCGACGAUUGACUUGGGAAGCAACGCCUCGAUCGAUUCAUGAGGGGAUUGCAACUGCCAUUAUGAACAGUGACUGUCUAGUCUUUGACACUAGCAUUGCACAGCUUUUUGCAGAGAAUGGCAAUUUAGGGAUUAAUGUGACAAUUUCAAUGUGUUGAAGCUGCAAUCUGAUCUUUUUCAGGCCAGUGUCUAAGACAGAAAAGUCAAAACUCAAUUGCAUUCAGUUUCAUGGAAACCAAGGUAAACAUCUUUGCCUGCCAGAUGUGAACCAUCUGGUUGGGAGAGACUAACAUAUAUGAAGGCAAAUUAAUGGGAAGGCUGUUGAAGUAGAGGCCACAGUUGCAUGUAAUAACACUAAUAUAUUUAAAGUGAGUCAGCAGGAAACCACUGAAUAUAUAUAUAUUUGUGUAUAUAUAUAUAUAUAUAAUAUUAUAUUAUAUUAUAUACCCCGAUGGGCAUCCUUUUGUAUUGAUAAUUGAUUUUACGAAAACGCUGUAAAAUAAUUCUAAACUUGUUUGUAGAUUAAUUGUACUUUUGAAACAGAUACUGUUUUGUGUUUCAUUUGUGCUCCUUUCUUUUGACUGACAAGCCAUGCAAAAGGGCGGUCUGGUAUCUGGCCGCUUCUUCUCUCUCCCCCCCCCCCCUCCUCCUCCGUAAGUUACUACAUAGUAUUGCUGCUGUUCUUGUGUAAAUUUUCUGUAUAUUUGCUAAUUUUUAUUAACUUCAAGUUUUUCAUUAAAUAAAUGACUUUUUCUUUUCUGUAAUUCAGGUCCCCCCCUUCUUUGGACCUUUUGACAUAAAUUUGCAGGUGUCAUCUUCAGAGUCACACAGUUGCUUAUGGUAAAUUGUAUAGUUAUUUUAUGUUUAAUGUGUAACGUUUUUGGGGGGGUUGCAAUCCUGCCUUUGGCUAGAAUACAGCAAAGUCCCAUUGGUGGAAACUUACUGCUGUAUAACUGCUUAGGAUUGCAGCCCUUUGUCUCUUUCCAAUAGUCCAUUCGAUGAUGCUGUUGUUCAUUCAGUUAUUUUUUGUGGACACGCCAGUCUCUAAACUGAGGCCUUUUUUUGGACAAAUUUCUUUUUUAAAAGGCUUCUUAUAAAUUAUAGAUGCCAUUGCAUUUUGAGUUCAGACACAACCUUGCAGAUUUGUUUUAAGAAUGUUCUAAUUUAAAACAAGUGGAAGUUCGGACACGUUUUCAAAGAAUUUUAAAGACCUUUGGACAUUUUGAAGUCAUUCUUGUAUCUAUUGGUUGUGCAGUACAAGAAGGCAUUGUCUAUAUACAGUAUUUGUAACUAUAAAAUACAGACCAUUUGUUUAAAGGAGACAGUUGAAAUAAGCUGUUUUUGGUCUUUUUUAAAAUUCUGUCAUUAAAAGAAUUCCUGGCAAACUGAAAA